AUGCGGGUACCGUUCCCUCUAAGCCUCCGCGUCGGCACGGACAUCAUUGCCACCAGCCGGAUACUAUGCCCAAUCAAUCCUGACCAGAAACGACUGUUUCGCCUAACCAAACGCUAUCUCCAUCCCAGUGAAUUAUGCAUCCUAGACCAACGGUUUCCCUCAUGGAAAACUCUAGACGCAUCAAAUGAGCCACAGAGACGUCAGCUGUCAGGCUGGCUCGCUGGUCGAUGGGCCGCCAAAGAGGCCGCCAAAAAGACAUGGGGAGCUUCUCUCCUGAGCUUUACAGAUCUCAAAGUCGAGACCGAAAUCGGAGGUGGUGUGCACAUUGUCUGUGAUGUCAGUCAUGGUGAUUUCGAUCCCUCGCCCGGUAACGACAAAGUCACGGAGCAGAUUGCGCAAUUGAGUAUCAGUCACGAUGGCGAUUAUACCAUUGCAACCGUUCUUGCAACACCUCUCCACGAUGAUAUUAUGACCGAGCUAGCCGCUAGAAAGGCUAAAGCCGAAGCUAAAGUCUCGGACAUGAACGAUCUAGCUUAG